UCGCUUCUCCCGCGGCCGUGGGGGCUUCUCGGGGUCCGCAUACACCCUGCGCAGCCUGGACCCGAGCGGAGCCUCCCCGGGGCCCGGCCGCGCCCGGUCCCGAGAGGAGAAAGAGACCUGCAGGACUCCGGGAGUUGGAAGGGAGAAUGAAGAGACCCAAGACAGGGAUCCCCAGGAAAAGAGACUCCUGCUAGCCUGGCAGCAUAGGAGAGGUUAAAGGUACCCUGGAAGGAGCUUCAGGGCAGGAGUGGGGGCGAAAAGGCAUUGGGACUCAGCCAGGUAUCCUGAGGUACCAUGAUGUGGGGUGCAGGCAGCCCCCUGGCCUGGCUCGCUGCUGGCCCAGGAAACAUGAACAUGAGCAGCGUGGGCUCAACAGAGGGACCCACAGGCCCAGCCACGCCACUGCCCUCACCUAGGGCCUGGGACGUAGUGCUGUGCAUCUCAGGUACCCUUGUGUCCUGUGAGAACGUGCUGGUGGUGGCCAUCAUCGUGGGCACUCCCGCCUUCCGCGCCCCCAUGUUCCUGCUGGUGGGCAGCCUGGCUGUGGCAGACCUGCUGGCAGGCCUGGGUCUGGUCAUGCACUUUGCUGCUGUCUUCUGCAUUGGCUCAGCAGAGAUGAGCCUGGUGCUGGUUGGCAUGCUGGCCAUGGCCUUUACUGCCAGCAUUGGCAGCCUACUGGCCAUCACCGUUGAUCGCUACCUUUCUCUGUACAAUGCCCUCACCUACUACUCAGAGACGACAGUGACGCGGACCUAUGCGAUGCUGGCCCUAGUGUGGGGAUGCGCACUGGGCCUGGGGCUGCUGCCUGUGCUGGCCUGGAACUGCCUGGAUGCCCGGGCCACGUGUGGCGUGGUAUAUCCACUCUCCAAGAACCAUCUGGUGGUCCUGGCCGUUGCUUUCUUCAUGGUGUUUGGCAUCAUGCUGCAGCUCUAUGCCCAGAUCUGUCGCAUCGUCUGCCGCCAUGCCCAGCAGAUUGCCCUCCAGCGGCACCUGCUUCCUGCCUCCCACUACGUGGCCACCCGAAAGGGCAUUGCCACCUUGGCCGUGGUGCUUGGCGCCUUUGCCGCCUGCUGGCUGCCCUUCACCGUCUACUGCCUGUUGGGCGAUGCCCACUCCCCUCCCCUCUACACCUAUCUCACCCUGCUCCCUGCCACCUACAACUCCAUGAUCAACCCCAUCAUCUAUGCCUUCCGCAACCAGGAUGUGCAGAAGGUGCUGUGGGCUGUCUGCUGCUGCUGUUCCUCUUCCAAGAUCCCCUUCCGAUCCCGUUCCCCCAGUGAUGUCUAGUCGCAUCCUGGUGACCCUUCAGCCCUGAUCACUACAGAAUUCCAGAAUGUUAGGUCCUCCAGGGCUUUGUUCCAACCCUCCAGCUCUGCACCCCAAGACCCAGCUGGUUCUGGAGUUCUAGGACUUUGGGUGUUUCACAGGAUUCUGUUCAGAUCCCUGCAGGGCCCAGCUGGCUCCAUGGUUCUAGAAUGUUCAGGUGGUCAGGGUUCCACUCAGAAAUGUCCCACAGCCCAGCUGGCUUGGAGUUCCAGUAUGCUGCUGGGUGUUUUACAGUGCCAUUCCAAGUCCCUGA